AUGCUGAGUGCAGCAGAAGGCAUCCUCCUUUUUAUUUCAACUACUGAGUCAGUGCUGGGAAUUCUAGGGGAUGUAUUUAUUGGAUUUGUGAAUUGCAAUGACUAUAUCAAGAAUAAGAAAUUGUCUAAGAUUGGCUUCAUUAUCUCCGGCUUGACAAUUUCCAGGAUCUGUCUUGUGUUGCUAUUAAUUAUAGAUGCAUAUGCAAAGUUAUUUUCAGGACAGUUGCCUUCUUUUGUCAAUCUAACUGAACACAUCAGUUAUCUAUGGCUCAUUAUCAACAACUUGAGUGUCUUGUUUGCCACCAGCCUCAGUGUCUUCUAUUUUCUAAAGAUAGCAAAUUUUUCCCACCAUAUGUUCCUCUGGUUGAAGAGGAGAAUUAAUGUGGUCUUUAUCUUCCUGAUAGGAUGCUUGCUUAUAACAUGGUUACUUUCUUUUCCACUACUUGGGAAGUUGAUUCAAGAUGACAAAAGAAACACAUCCCAACAGGUCCCCAUUAAGAAAAGUGAGUUAAUUAUUGACUAUGUUUUUGUGAAUGCGGGAGUCAUUUUCUAUUUUAUGGUGGCACUAACUGCAAGCUUCCUGUUAAUUAUUUCGCUUUGGAGACACAGCAGGAGGAUGCAAUCACAUGUCUCAGGAUUCAGAGACCUCAACACAGAAGCUCAUGUGAAAGCCAUGAAAAUUUUAAUUUCUUUUAUCAUCCUUUAUAUAUUGUAUUUCAUAGGUAUUGCCAUAGAUCUAUCGUGUUUGUUUAUUCCAGAAAACAAACUGCUAUUUAUUUUUGGUUUAACAAUUGCAUGCAUGUAUCCUUGCUGUCACUCCUUAAUCCUAAUUCUAACAAACAGCCAACUGAAACAAUCCUCUGUGAGGGUAUUGCAAAGAUUAAAGCGCUGUGAGAAAGGAAGAGAUCUCAGAGCCAGAGCCACAUGA